CAGCUCAGCACCAUCAUGGAAAUGUCUGAAAUGAGUGUUUGUUUCAGGAAGGUGUGGUUUGUGGUCACACUGACGAAUGCAGCAACAUGCUGCGAAUGGACAGGAAAGCAGAUUCUCUGCAGCAACACAGAGAAUUAAGUCAACGGGUCGGAGCCGAGCAGAACCAGGACUCCGGGUCUGAGAGCCAGAGAGACAACGGCAGGGGGGAAGGUCCAAUUCCAACCCUCUCACACGCAGCCAGAGGUAUGGACCUCUUUAACUGCUCCAAGCUCUCCCCCAACAAAACCAGCAGUAGCACUGUCUUCACCAACCAGGUCCUCCCGUCGUUCUACAUCGUCCUCUUCGUUGUGGGUGUGGUGCUAAAUGGCAUGGCCGCCUGGAUCUUCUUCAGAGUCCCAGCAGAUUCUGCUCUGGUGGUCUACCUGAAGAACAUGGUGGUGGCUGACCUCCUCAUGCUGCUCUCCUUCCCCGUCAGGGUGGCGGUGAAAAUGGGCUUCAACUGCUGCCACCUUUGGAUUUUUAACUGCCAAUUCAAUGCCGUGCUCUUCUAUAUGUCCAUGUAUGUAGGAAUGCUCUUCAUAGGCUACAUCAGCCUUGAGCGCUAUGUCAAGAUUUCCCAACAUGCAUCUUCCUCCACAAGCACCUCCUCAUUCAAGAUGAAAUGUAGUGGAGUGUCUGAUCUAAAUCUUAUGCAGAAUACCACCUUUGCACAGGUUCUGGCGGUCCUCACCUGGGGUCUCCUCUUCUUAUACUCUGCACCCAACGCCAUGCUGGCAACCUGGCCAGCCAAAGACCAUAACUUCACAAAAUGCAUGCAGCUGAAGACGCCACUUGGUGCCCAGUGGCACAGAGUAUCCGUCCUUAUUAACAUGUCUCUAUUCUCGGUAACACUACUUAUCGUAGGCUUCUCCUACACCUUCAUAGCUUACCAGGUCUACAAGACGUACCGCUGCAUGCGGCGCGACAGCAGGGGCAUCUACCGGAACUCCAACCGCAACAUCUUCAGCAUUCUGGCAGUUUUCUUUGUCUGCUUUGUGCCGUAUCACGUCUGCCGCGUGCCUUACACCAUGAGUCAGAUGUCAUCAUCAAGCUUCAGCGAAGAUACCAGUAUCCUGCUUCACCAGAUCAAAGAGGGAACUCUAUUCCUGUCAGUGACGAAUGUCUGCCUAGACCCCCUGAUCUACUUCCUAAUGUGUCGAAACUUCAGAAAGUCGCUUAUAAGAAAACUGUCCAGUAAAAAAAGGAGGAAGCCUCCGCCAACCAAUCAGAGUCUGAGCAACAUGCAGAGGGGGGGAUGGAGGAAUGGAUGCAAAGCAGGAGGAGACACUGAAAGAGAAGACAAGGACAGAGUAGAUCCUGGAAGAGGAGGCAAUCAGAGCACAGCAGAUCCUUGAUGCCCAAAAAGAGUCUGGGCAACAUCUUGGCCAACAGGAGACAGAAGGAUGAACAUUUUUGUGCACCAAUGGAGAAAGAAACUGGUGAGGAAUCUUCAAACAGAGAACAUUUGUGAGGCCAAAGUUGUGGUCCAAAAAACAUUAUGGAUGGUAGGAACCUCUAUUUAGGGGAAAGUUGGUGCUCUCCGUGUCCUUAAAAGAAUCUCUUGUUGCACUGAUAUGAGACAUGAAAAUACCAACCAAAUCAGGACACAGAGAGACUUUGUGUAAGUGGUGACUGUGAAGAUAUCAGUCACCAUAAAGGUUUCACACAAUGAGUUUUUGUUGUCUUUGUCGUGACUAUAUGAGUUCUGUAUGUGAAAUAAUAAGCUGGUAAUAAAAAACUGCCUAAUUUUA